AUGGCCACCAUCUCUAAGCCAUCCUGGAAGUCAUCGUCUUUUGAAAGAGAGGGAUGGUGGAGGACAACGUUGACGAAAACUCCUAUACCUGGGACUUACCACUUGAAAACCUUUAUUGAAGAAUCGCUAUUAAAUCCAGUCAGAAUCACCUAUAAUUUCAAGAACGAAGGAAGGAAAAGACCACCUCUUGUGCACAGAAACAACCCGGUAAUCAAUGACCUUCCCCCGUAUAUGCCUCCGAACUUCCUGGACUUGCUGAAGAAGCAAGUGGCCACGUACGCCUUUAAAGACAAGCCACGGGCAAGCCCCAGCACACUGGUGCACAGAGACCAGACAGUUCAGCUUUCACCAGGACAAUACGAGCUGCUUCCCGCACUGGUUCCCAAGUACUCUUCCAGGGGUUUCGUAUUUCGCUCUGCAGUUUCAAGAUUCCCAACAGGCUGUUUCAUUCCUCAUGAAGGCCCAGGACCGGGUCAUUAUGACUUGACAUCGCCCCCGGCCACUUCUGUUACGUCUUGCUUUAGAUCCAGAGUCCCUCGGUUCUUGCCCUUCUGCUCAAAAACCCCAGGCCCAGGAGCGUAUGACUCUUCCGUACAGUUCCCGAAGCAGUCGCCAACCGUAGCCAAAAUGGGCCGGGAACACAGCCUUUUCUUCAGCAACACCAUUGGUUUCUAGAAUAAAGCAGCCUUGGUUCCAAA